CACUUCAUCGUCACCACCAUGAACACGCUCUUCCGUACAUUCUCACGGAUGCUCUCAGGCGAUUCAAACAUGACCACUCCGUCCAGCACCUCCGCAGCAUCGUCAUCAAACAUGCACUUCCCCUCCACCCGCCAGCACAUCUACUCCACCAUAGACUGCCUACGGAAAGCUUCAUCUUUGCCUGACGAACUCCUCAAAACCAUCCUCUACUAUGCCGACUACGACUGCCUUCACUUCUCCGCCUCAUCCGACCGCAAGUACACAGCCUACAGUCGCGGUCCGCAAGGCGCUGAGCCCUUCGCCUACGUCUCAACACCGCCACUUCGAGACAUCCAUGAAGCUGGCGUCAGAAUACGAAGCAUUCGGCUAAGCGCGAGUGGCCACGAUCAGGGGUUUGUCAGUGAUCGAAGUGCGGGUGUCUGGAGCUAUUUCGCAGUCCGCCGGAUGAAGGAUCCUCAAAAUGGUAUUAUUUGGGCGCAGAACGAAAUGGCCUCGAGAAACUGGCAGGAUCACGAGCUGUCGCUGAACCUCGAUGAUCUUGCUGACGAGACUGAAGAGGGUGAAGUCAGAACGGCUCUGCGGCAGAUGAUAUCGCAGCUUGACGACGGCGAUGGCCUUUGCAUCGUGCCCAUGGCGAAAUUUGCUGGAUGGCAAUGUCAUGUGCAGAAGGCUGAGAUUGAUGUUGAAGUGGAGGUUUGGAGGUGA